GACCCGCGGCGGCCGCCACUGAGCCCGGCCGCGCCCCCCGGCACCGUCCGGGACCCGCCGGGAGCCUCCGGGACGCUCGGCUCCAGCCCCGCUGUCCCCGGCACCUGGCCCAGGGAUUCCCGUGGGAGGCGGUGAUGUCGGACAAGGGCGGCAGCAUGGACGGCAGGACGGACAUUGUCAACGGCAGCCUGUCCAGCAGCCCUGAGGACAUGUCAGCCGAGGAGGGCCGCGAGACGUCCUCGGGGAUCGAGGUGGAGGCGUCCGACCUGAGCCUGAGCCUGACGGGCGACGACGCCGGGGCCGCGCGGGGCCGCGCCAGCGACAGCGACAGCUCCGGGGACAAGGACAGCGACAGCAUGGACGACACCGGCCACUACUCCAUCCCCGAGGAGCCCCGGCACGACGAGGACGAGGAGGAAGAAGAGGAGGAGGAGGAAGAGCCCCGUGCCCGGCGCAGGGGCCCCCGCAAGCGGCCGCCCCACGAGCGCGACUCGUCCGACGAGGAGCAGGCGCUGGAGGACUGGGUGGCCUCAGAGACGUGGGCCCUGCCGCGGCCGCGCUGGCGGGCGAUCCCGGCACUGCGGCAGCGCCAGCUGGGCGGCUGCUCGCGUUUCGUGGCGCAGGCCUGCGGCGCCCGGCUCUUCGUGCAGAAAUUCCGGCUGCAGCACGGCCUGGAGGGGCACACGGGCUGCGUGAACACGCUGCACUUCAACCAGAGGGGCACCCGCCUGGCCAGCGGCAGUGACGACCUCAAGGUGCUGGUGUGGGACUGGCUGAGGCGCCGGCCCGUGCUGCAGUUCGACAGCGGGCACAAGAGCAACGUCUUCCAGGCCAAGUUCCUGCCCAACAGCGGUGACUCCACGCUGGCCAUGUGUGCCCGGGACGGGCAGGUGCGCGUGGCCGAGCUCUCGGCCACCCAGUGCUGCCGCAGCACCAAGCGCGUGGCCCAGCACAAGGGGGCUUCCCACAAGCUGGCGCUGGAGCCGGAUUCGCCCUGCACAUUCCUGUCUGCGGGGGAGGACGCCGUGGUCUUCACCAUCGACCUGCGGCAGGACCGGCCCGCCUCGAAAUUGGUGGUGACGAAGGAGAAGGAGAAGAAGGUCGGGCUCUACACCAUCUUUGUCAACCCUGCCAACACCUCCCAGUUCGCUGUGGGCGGCCGUGACCAGUUUGUGAGGAUUUAUGAUCAGAGGAAAAUCGAUGAGAACGAGAACAACGGAGUCCUGAAGAAGUUCUGCCCCCACCACCUGGUGAACUGUGAGUCCAAAGCCAACAUCACCUGCCUGGUCUACAGCCAUGAUGGCUCAGAGCUUUUGGCCUCGUACAACGAUGAGGACAUUUACCUGUUCGACUCCUCGCACAGCGACGGCGCGCAGUACACGCGGCGCUACAAGGGCCACCGCAACAACGCCACGGUGAAAGGGGUGAAUUUCUACGGCCCCAAGAGCGAGUUCGUGGUGAGCGGCAGCGACUGCGGCCACAUUUUCCUGUGGGAAAAAUCCUCCUGCCAGAUCGUGCAGUUCAUGGAGGGCGACAAGGGCGGCGUGGUGAACUGCCUGGAGCCCCACCCUCACCUGCCCGUGCUGGCCACCAGUGGGCUGGACCACGAUGUGAAGAUCUGGGCGCCCACGGCCGAGGCGCCCACGGAGCUGCGCGGCCUCAAGGAGGUGAUCAAGAAGAACAAGGUGGAGCGGGACGAGGACAGCCUGCACCACACGGACAUGUUUGACAGCCACAUGCUCUGGUUCCUCAUGCACCACCUGCGCCAGCGCCGCCACCACCGGCGCCGCCGGGAGCCCGGGGCCGAUUCCCCCUCGGACGAUUCCGGGAGCUCCUCGGACACUUCUGACGAUGAGGAGGAGGGGCCGGACCGGGUGCAGUGCAUGCCCUCGUGAGCCCCCCAAAAACCCCCCAAAAAAAACCCCCAAAACCCCCCAAAAACCCCAAACCGGGGGGGCCCCACCCCACUAACACUUGGAGCUUUGUAUUGACCUUGUUCAGCCCCCCCCCAAUUCCCAGUUUCCCCCUUUUUUGGGGUCCCCUUCCCCUUUUUUCUCCUUUUUUUCCCCCUUUUUGGGGUCCCCUCCCCUUUUUUCCCCCCUCAAUUUGGGGGGGGUCCAGGGGGGGAAUUUUUACUGCCCCCCCUCCCCAGUUUUUUUGGGACCCCAAUCCCACCCCUUAAGCUCUUCAAGCACCCCCUUUUUGGGGAUGGGGGGGUCCCACCCCUUUUUCCUCAUUUUCCCUCUUUUCUCCUCAUUUUUCCCUCCUUUUUCCUCAUUUUUCCCCUUUUCUCCUCAUUUUUCCCUCCUUUUUCCUCAUUUUUCCCCUUUUUUCCUCCCUUUUUUUCUCCAUUUUUCUUUCCCCCCCCACCAUUUCCCCCCCUUUAUUUUUCUCUUUUCGUCCCAAUUUUUCCCCCACACUUUUCCCUCUUUUUCCACCACCCCCCCUUUUUUUUCCCCUCUUAUUUCCCCCAAUCCCCCCCACUUUUCACCCCCUUUUUUCCCCAUUUUUCCCCUUUUUGCCCCCAUUUUUCCCCAUUUCCCAGGGGGGGUCUCCCUCCCUCUGUACAUAGCCGUGAUUUGCACUUGGUUUGGCCCCUUUUACCCCCCCAAAAACCCCCAAACCCCCCAAAAAACCCCUUUAAUUUCCCAUUUCUUUUGUCGGGGGGAGGGGGUUCAGGGGGGUUUUUUUGGGGGGGAAAAAAAACCCCCAAAAUUUCCCUGUUUAGAGGCCUAAUUUUAUAUUGUAUUAAAAACCAAAUGGGCCUGGGAGUUCUCCCUGGCAGAGCUGUAAAAGUUGGGAUAUAUAUUAUAUAUAAAUGCAAUAAAAACCGACUCAACGAGCCCCAGACUCCCCCAAAUUUCUCUCCCACCCUCCCUGAACCUUUUCCCAGUUGGAUUUUUGCCCCUUUUUCCCCAAGAUUUUCCCCCAAAAACCCUCGCACAGAGCAGCUUUUUUCCAUCUUUAUCAAUACACAGUCAGCACGGUCUGGGGAUGGGGGGUGGGGAGGGCGGAAGGGGAGGGAAUUUGGGGAGGGGGAGACACCCAGAGACCCCCCCAGAGGGGUUGGGGACACCCCUGGGUCCCCCCCUGUCCCAUCUCGACAUCCAGGGGGGUUCAAAAACGUCAAUUUGAACCAAAUCCAGCGUUUUUCACAGAGAUUUGGGGACAAUAAAUAAGGGGAGCGGGGGGGGGGGGACAAUUUGGGGAGGGGGUGGGGGGGGGCACAGGGAUAAAUUUGGGGAGGGGGACACACGAGAGCCGGUGGCUGCUGCGGGUUUUAGCUUUUAUUAAAUAAAAUAUAUUAAUUAAUUAACAUUUAAUUAACUCUGCUGGCUCCCCACCCCACCCCACCCCACCUGGGUUAGUAACUAAACCUGAACCCCAAAAAUCCCCCCCCCCCCAGCCCAGUUUAGGUGGUUCCUCCCUCCCAGUUUGGUACUAGGAGGACUCCACCAAAAAAAUAUUUAUGGGGGGGUGGGCGGCCAGAGUGCCCCCCCUUAAAAAAUUGGGAUUUUUGGGGGUUUUCCCCAAUUUUAGGGGGCAUUUCUUGCUGCCCAUCACCCAUAAAAUGGGAAAUUUUCCCUCAAUUUUGGGGUUUUUCCCUCAGUUUUGGGGGUUUUUCCCUCAAUUUUGGGGGGUUUUUCCCUCAAUUUUGGGGCUUUUCCCACAAUUUUAGGGGGGUUUUCCCUCAAUUUUGGGGGGUUUUCCCUCAGUUUUGGGGGUUUUUUCUCAAUUUUGGGAGGUCACCACUUUCAGCCUCCCCUCCCCAAAAAAAGAGAUUGUGGGAGGGGUCAACACUUCAUGCCCCCCAAAAUGGGAAUUUUGGGGUUUUUUUUCCCAAUUUUAUGGGUCACCACUUUGUCCCCCACCCCAAAAUUGGGAAUUUUGGGGUUUUUUUCCCCAAUUUUGGGUUUUUUCCCCCAAUUUUGGGGGGUCACCACUAACUGUCCCCCCUAAAAUGGGGAAUCCCCCUAAAAAUCCCAAUUUGGGGGUCAGAAUUUGCUGCCCCCUCAAAAAAAAUGGGAAAUUUGGGGUUUUUUUUCCCAAUUUUGUGGGGUCACCACUUUGUCCCCCACCCCAAAAUUGGGAAUUUUGGGGUUUUUUUCCUCAAUUUUGGGGGGUCACCACUUCCUACCCCCCUAAAAUGGGAUUUUUAGGGGGGUUCCCAAUUUGGGGCUCACAUUUUGCUGCACCUCCCCCCCAAAAAAAAAGGGAAUUUUGGGGUUUUUUCCCCCCAAUUUUGGGGUUUUUUCCCCAAUUUUGGGGGUUUUUUCCCCCAAUUUUGGGGGGGUCACUACUCACUGUCCCCCGUCCCUUUUGUCACCUACUUGUCCCCUCCUGUCCCUCCUGGGGGGGUUCCGAGACCCCCCCCCAAAAUCAGCCCCGACCUCGACGCCCUCCCGACCUCCCCCUGCCCUCCUGUGCCCCCCCCAAAAAAUUUGGGGGGGUCCUGGUGCUUGUGACCCCCCAAAAUUGGGGUGGGGGCGUCCCAAUGUCUGUGACCCCCCAAAAUUGGGGUGGGGGCGUCCCAAUGUCUGUGACCCCCCCAAAAUUGGGGUGGGGGGGGGGGUCUCAGUCUCUGUCACAGACCCCCCCCUCAAAUUAAGGACCCCAAAAUUUAACUUGGGGGGGUCCCAAUACUUUUAACCCCCCCUAAAUUGGGAUUGGAUGGACCCCAAAAUUUAAAGUGGGAGGGUCCCCAAUAAUCUUGACCCCCCCUUCCCCAAAAUUGGGGUGGGGGAUUCUUUGUGACCCCAAAAUUUAAAGUGGGGGGGUCCCAAUAAUUUUAACCUCCCCCCAAACUGGGAUUGGGUGGUCCCUGUGACCCCAAAAUUUAACGUGGGAGGGGUCCCAAUAAUUGGAAUGUGGGGGGGGGGGGGGUGGUCCCGUUUUUAUGCCCCCUCCUCAACUUACCCACAUUGGGGGGGGGGGGGUCCCCAUCCCUCCCCACCCCCCCCCCUCAAAUCGAGGCCUUUUGGGGUGGGGGUCCCAUGGGAAUUUCACCCCCCCACCCCCACCCCAAUUCCCCCC